GCAUCAAUAUUAUCGACAGCUAAAUUUGGAGGUGCAGGUCAGCUCGCCAGCUUACAGUGUCAACUUUCAUUUCCAGGGGCUGCGGGUUCUAUUUUGAGCGCAGGGAGCGAUCUGCUCAAAGUGCAGUCGACUGGUUGCAUUUGAGGACUUAGCUUAGCCCAUUUUCCUUCAAUGAAUGAGCUUUUCUUAUAGCUGUAGUGGAAUUCAGCAGAAUCUUACAGUGUGAGAAAUGGCUCCAAAAAAGGGCAAGGGAGCUGAUGCACUAAAGCCACCACCAUUGAUUGGAAGGUUUGGCACCUCGCUGAAAAUAGGGAUUGUUGGCCUACCCAAUGUUGGUAAGUCAACCUUUUUCAACGUGCUGACAAAGAGUCAGGCUGCGGCUGAAAAUUUCCCCUUCUGCACCAUUGACCCAAAUGAAAGCAGAGUGCCCAUUCCAGAUGAACGCUAUGAUUUCCUCUGCCAAUUCCAUAAACCUGCCAGCAAAAUCCCAGCUUUUCUUAAUGUUGUUGACAUUGCUGGUCUGGUGAAAGGUGCUCAUGCUGGCCAAGGCCUGGGAAAUGCCUUCCUGUCCCACAUCAACGCCUGUGAUGGCAUCUUCCACAUGACACGUGCUUUUGAUGAUGAGGAUAUCAUCCAUGUGGAGGGGACAGUGGACCCAGUGAGGGACAUGGAGAUCAUCCACGAGGAGCUGAGGCUGAAGGAUGAGGAGAUGAUCAGCCCUAUUAUUGACAAGCUAGAGAAGACAGCCAUUAGAGGCGGUGACAAGAAACUCAAACCAGAAUAUGACAUUAUGUGCAAAAUCAAGAGCUGGGUAGUGGAUGAAAAGAAACACAUCCGCUACUAUCACGACUGGAACGACAAGGAGAUCGAAGUGCUGAACAAAUACUUGUUUUUGACAUCCAAACCAAUGAUCUACCUCGUUAAUCUCUCUGAGAAAGACUACAUAAGAAGAAAGAACAAAUGGUUGGUGAAAAUCAAGGAGUGGGUGGACAGUCAUGACCCCGGAGCCUUGGUCAUCCCCUUUAGUGGCGGCCUAGAGAGCCUGCUGCAGGACAAGAGUGAAGAGGAGAGGCAGAAGUACUGCACAGAGCACAAGACGCAGAGUGCCCUGAGCAAGAUCAUCAAGGCAGGCUACGCAGCCCUGCAGCUGGAGUACUUCUUCACUGCUGGACCAGAUGAGGUCCGUGCAUGGACCAUUCGGAAAGGAACUAAGGCUCCACAGGCUGCGGGGAAGAUCCACACAGACUUUGAGAGGGGCUUCAUUAUGGCGGAAGUAAUGAAAUUCCAGGAUUUUAAAGAGGAAGGCAGCGAGAGUGCUGUCAAGGCAGCUGGUAAAUACAGACAGCAGGGAAGAAACUACAUCGUCGAGGACGGAGACAUCAUCUUUUUUAAAUUCAACGCGCCGAACGCACCAAAGAAAAAGUGACGCAAGAACAAUGCGUUUGUUUACACAACUGACUGUAUUGUUGCCUUAUAUCUGGCCGCUUUUACACUUUUUGUUUUCCGUGCUGUAUGACUGAAUCCCCCACUCGUGUGCCAAGGCACAGGUUCAGUAAACUCUGACAGCUUUGCUAUUUAAGAUCAGGAUCGGCCCCCACUCCAAAUUGUAGCAGCAUUUGAAGGAGCAUAUUACUCUCCAGAUACUUCAUUAAUCUCCAUCACGGGUGCCAGCACUGACACAGCUGACAGCGGGGACAAUGCCACCUGCUCCUCUCCCCCUUCUGCAGAUAAUGCAUGUUUUACAGUAGCCCAGAUGUCUACACUCAAUAAAACAUUUGACAAAACCAGUCUGUGUGUGUUUUGGGAUGUCUGUAUUGAGUGGGAAGCUGCAUGGGGAUAGUGAUAGCGGUCCUGCCGACCACUGAUUAGAGAAUUAAAAGACACAGCUGACACUGACUGUAGCAUAGAGGGGACAAUUAUAAUUAAAUCUGUUAACUGAGGCUGAUUUUGGAAGGGCACAUGCUGGAUGCAGGUGUCUUGGCCAAAAGAAGUGGUCACUUUAAAUGAUUAUUUGCAAAGAGACUGAGUUAACCUUUCAUUUAUAAUUUUUAUGACAUUAUUGUAUGAUAUUAUACAUGUCCUCUCUUUCACUACGCCGCCAGCUUUUGGACUCUGUCCCUAAAAACAAAAACCAAAAAAACCCCACAAUAAAAUAAGAAUAGCACAUUUUUUAUGUUUAAAGUUUCCUACUCCCAUCCUUGAACAACAAAUACACAUCUGCACACACACAAAAAAAAAUCCAAGAAAUAUUCAUACAAGCCAUAUUUUUACAAAAAAAGAAAAACUCCAGCUUUUAGUAUAUUCUGUAUGGUAUGAAAAUAGAAGUUGAUACAAUCCACAAGCACAACCAGAAAACGAUUCCUGUUGUCUGAAGUAGUGUUUUUCUCACCCCCUAUACUUUGUGUGUAAGUGUUUGUGAAGCGUUUAUGCUGAUGGAAUUGUAUGGCUGCAGCCGCAGUGCUCCAAAGUAAGAUUGUAUUCUCCGUGGGAGUCCGAACAAAGAGCUGCAGAUCAGCAGUGCUUUGCUGAAUAUCUUGUAACCAUUAAGACUGCGGAGAAAAAAAAAGGCUUUUUGAUGGGAACAAAAAGAUUGAAUAAAAAUGGUCAUUUUUCAGAAAGAGUAUUGCAUAUCCAAGUUUUUUGGAUGGGAUGUUUUAUGGAGUGGAGCCUGUGCUCGCACUACAAAGCAUAGUGUUUGUCAUGGAAAUAAGGUGGAUUAUAGUUUUCAGAGUUUGAGAUCAGUGGCAAAAUAUAGGAUAGUGUUUAUUGUGGUUACUUAGAAAGAAUGACGGAUGACAACAUGUGUAUCAAAUAACAUUAAGCUUAUUUUUCUUGGUAGCUUUACCAUUAACCAGUGGUUUUAAUCACUGAAAUUUCUUGCAGCAGACCAAGAAUGUUAUUGCUACCAACACUUAGAGCUCUCGCGUACAGUAUAUGCUUUAACGACGGACUGCUUUGAGUUGACUGGUUUCUAAGUGAAACCAUACAAACCCUCUGGAGAGCACAAUGGGGGCUUGAGACUAAACUGUUUUUGCAUUCUUCUCGGGGUGGUAUUGGUGUUGGCCAACCUAAACCCAACACAGAAGAUUAUUCAUCUGCUGCAGUUUUGAGGCUCGGGGAUUGAUGAGUUGUUCCCAGCGGUCUGGGUCAUGGAGUAUUUUGUUUUUCAUAAAGUGACAAUAAAUCCUUUCAGGGCAAGUAAUAAAGCUAUUUAGAAUCAUGCAGAUGCAGUAUAGGAACAAAACACCAGACCGAAAAAGUCCUCAACAUGCUGUUUCAGGAUUUGAUACCAAUAAUUUUGCUGUCACAGAAGAAGCAAGGAUUCAUGAAUUAUAAACUCAUUGGGUGUCCUGACAUCAUGGAACACAUUAUAAAAUAUUUAUAUAUGCGCAACCACACAGUUAAUAGCAAAAACAAACGCGUGUUAAAGUAUCCAUAAACAUUACUGGGUGACAUAGGUAGGACAGUAAAAACUGCCCAGCAGGGCUCAUGAAACGAGCCCAGAAAUCUGACAGAAUCUCUGCUGGUACAAAUGUGCCGUCAGCACCAUCAAUCAAGUGGUGCCACUCUGCCCCGAGGCAAACCACAGUGGCAUCAAACCAAGAAGGACACAGAGUGGAAAGCUCACUUUAAAACACACACCCAACAAAACAGACUGCGGCCUGCUGCUGUAAAUCACACGGACACCAAAGAGCUUUGAAGAUUUUUUUUAUUUAUU